AUGUCAAAAUUAAGUGGGUUUCUUUUUGGAAAUGUCGACGCUGAAGGGAAGUUGGAAGAUUUGGGACUUGGCGAGGAACUUCGAGAUUCUCUCCAAAAGGGUUCUGAGGAUGGAGCUGUUCUCAGUCAAAUUUUCUCAGUCCAAUCAUUAGGAAUUGGAGAGAUGGAAGAUGAGGAAGCAGUUCAAAGCGAGGCAUCCAUUUCAACACCAAUUCGUUCACCUGAAGAAUCAAGUAUUCGACCAACAGAAGAUGCAGUUGACUAUUUUGACACAAACGAAGUUAUAGCCGAUCCGAUUUUUUCAAAUAAAUACUAUCAGCAAGGUGUAAAUAGCGUUAUGAAUUUACAAAAGUCAUCAAUACAGCCGACGCAAUUAAAUCGGACAAUUGAGGACGACAGUAAUUACGAUGAAGAAGAGAUCAAGGACAUUCAAAAUUCACAGGACAAUCUACCUAUUAAAAUUCCCCAAGAAAUAACAUUGAUGGAAGAUAACUUGGUGCAGGAUCAAUCUCAGUCAACUAUGCAAAAUCCUGUAAUCGACAUCAAAACCUUAUAUCCAGCAUUUGAAAAAGAUAGGAUUCUUAAAUUUUCAGAAUUAUUUGCAAGCAAAAUCAGAAGCAAAAAACUAAACCCCGUGAACUUACGUGCGGUGGAACGGAGAUCACCUUUCGAAUUUGAGUUAGAUGACAGGCAAUUAUUUGAGUCAGGACCACAAACAAAAGUCGAAAACCUACAAGUUAAAGACAUUACGAAGAGUAAAAAAUUUGCCGAAGAUUCGAUUCAUUAUGCCUCCCCUAAAAGUGACACCGACUCUGAACCUACUUAUGAUGGUAAUUCGCGUGAGUUAGGAAGUUUACCAUGGAAAAUUCCCGAUCAACCAGAUACAUAUUAUUCUAUCAUGAUGGAUACAUGGGAAGAUAAGAUUUCAUGGAAUAGCAAUGACAGCGACGAGGAUUUGGUAGGCCAGGACAACAAGACCCUUCAGUCGACCGUGACCUUUGGUUACAGGAACAGAGAAUUAGAGAGUGGAGAGUGGCUUAAUUCGAUUUUGUGGGACGAUUACAAGGGAUCAAUACCUUUUGCAAAAUUGACUUUAGACAUGAAUGAUCCAAAUAUGCUCUUUAAUUAUCCCGGAAAUAAUUAUUCAUCGGAUUCACCUCUUUAUGAUAUAAAUGGUCAAAAUGCAUUUAAAAAAUUGAGGAAAUCUUCUUCAGCUUUUGAUAAUAAGUUGUCGGAAAUUGAAUCGUACAACAAUUAUUUUGUUGACGAAAGUUCUAUUGACUUAUGGAACAUCGAAGAUGGACCGAAGAAUUUCAAAAGACGACUAAAUUUUGGACAAAUGUUUGUUCAUCAUUCUCUACCCGCACUACAAUUACACUCUCAAUAUUUCAAGACAAAAUUUACCAAAUCAGAUAUUAGAGCUUUACAUCGGCCGACAAUUCAAUUUCCUCUUAAUCAAGAAAUUCAUUUUAACAGGGUUAAGUCGCGCGGAAAACUUCGAAAAAGGAAAGCUCGGGAAGUGAUGAGGAGUCCCAAAGAGUUGACACUAAAAGAUAAUAGCAAUUUCGUUCUGCUGGAGUAUUCGGAAGAAUACCCUCCAAUCUUAUCAAACAUUGGAAUGGGAAGUUUACUCCUUAAUUAUUAUCGAAAAUUGGAUUCUAAUGAUUUAUACGUUCCCAAGCUUGAUGUCGGGGAUCCAGUAGUAUUAGAUGUAAUGGAUGAGUCGCCUUUCAUGAAUUUUGGAAACGUCGAGCGAGGUCAAGUUAUACCUUCCCUGUACAACAAUCUUAUUAGAGCUCCGCUCUUCAGACACAACGCCAAGGAUACUGAUUUUUUAGUAAUUAGAAAUACGUACAAAGGUCGUGCAAAAUAUUACGUGCGUGGAAUAAAGAGCCUUUUUGUAGUUGGUCAGACGUUCCCCAUGCAGGAGGUCCCUUCACCACCAUCACGAAAAGCAAAGACCACAGCAAAUAACCGAAUUCAAGUUGCCGCAUUCAGACUUAUGAAGAAGAAUAAGUAUCAUUUAUUGGUUCAAGAAAAGCUUGCAAAAAGAUUUCCCGAUAAUAAUGAAGUGUUUCUUCGGACGCGUCUAAAAGAUUUUGCUGAGCUAGCCCGCAAGAAAGGGAACCUUCAUCAAGGUCCUAUUUGGAAAUUGAAGCCCUCUAUUCGUCUUCCCAAUGAAUCCGAGAUUCGAAAAAUGCUGACACCUGAAAUGAUAUGCUUGGAAGAAAGUAUGAUGGUAGGUGAACGUCAUCUAGCAGAUGCGGGUUAUAAACCUUCCCAUAUCGACGAGGAAGGUGGUAGCAAACUUUCGAAAAAUGAAGACGACGAAAUCCAGGAUGAGUCCAAGUUGGCUAUUGAGGAAUCGAAGUUGGCUAUCGAGCAACAAUUGGCUCCUUGGAUUACGACGCGAAACUUUCUCAAUGCAACACAGACGAACGCAAUGCUCAAAUUACAUGGUGAAGGUGAUCCUACAGGAAGAGGCGAAGGUUUUAGUUUUAUUAGAAUUUCUAUGAAAGAUAUAUUUUUGAAGGCAGGAGAAAAUGCACAAGAAAAACUUGCGGAAAUUGAAAACAAGCCAAAAAGCGGUCACAAAUAUAAUGUGAUGGAACAAUGGAAAAGAUAUAAUCAAGAGAUUUAUCGAAUAUGGAAUGCUCAGUAUGCAUCACUCAGCAUGCGAGAUGAACUUGCAUCAGACUCGGAAAAACUGGAUGCAAAUCGCAUCGAUGAUUCUGAACGGUAUACAAGAGGACAAUUUUCGCAUAAUGACGACACUCAGGUGGAUAGUGAAACGGAAAUGCAGGAAAUGCAGGAAAUGAUAGAUUCAGCGAUGCCUGAUCGUUCACCUUCUGCGGAUUUUGAUGAUGUAGCCUCUAUAGAUGGCAGUGUGGGUUCUCGAGCAAAUUACGAUUGUGGUUCUCAUCGAAAUCGCGCGUUAGUCAUCAACCGAAUGGUUCGCACGGAAAACGGUGAGCCCGUGUGGACAAAAACACUCGUUACCGAUCCUUCGGUGAUUAACGCUUAUGUUCGUCAUAGGCAAUUAAUCGAAGAGCAGGCGAUGAG